CUCGACCACCAUGGCCCCUACCUCUUUUGCUUCGGCCGCGGCAGGGAACAACGCCAGCUCAUCGCGGGCAGAUUCGGGCGGAGACUGGUAAGUGCAGCUGCUCCCUUCGCCUUGUACCUCGCAUGCAUACACCUCCGCAGAGCUAUCGAGCAUUCCCCUCCCGCGCCAAAUUAGACAGCAUUUCUUCCCGCCAGUUAUAUCACACUCGUUGCAUCCAUGGCUGUGCCGAUCCGCAACUGGGACUAUUCUUACGCCGUCAAUAGGUCUCGACGCGCGAAUGGUGCCACGCAAACAUUUCGCCGGCCCUCACACGCACCCACCCCCUCUGGCUCGACAGCGCAGUCGGCCAUCCGAGAUGCCAGCGGCGCGCCGAACACCUCGUCGUCGAAUCUGGGCGUCUAUGUGCCACCCCACGCCCAGUCUAGUCGCAAUGGCAGCUCUGGCGAAGGCCGCUACUCAAGAGACCAGCUGCUGCAGCUCUUCCGAGCGCAGCGGGAGUCGGACGAGGUCAGAGAUGGUCUGUCGGACCUCUACGUUGGCCCGUGGGAACCCAAUAUCUCGAACGGUACCUCGGGCGCCAGCUGGGGUCGCAAGGACGACCAUGGUAGAGACAGCCAGAGCGGGGUCGUCCUGUGCUGGGACAAAGAGGGCAGCAUCGUGCCCCUCAGCUUAUCAGGCAUGACCGAAGACGAGAGGGAGGUCUUCACCUCAUCCGUCAACUCGCCUCUGAAACCGCCAACGCAGAACACGAACAAGGACGGCACUCCUAAAGAGGGCUUGUCUCUGCGCAAGACUUCCAUCUCGCAGGGUGGCGGUGCCGCCUAUGGGCUGUCGUCGCCCACAAGUACUAGGCCGGGCCCUCGUCGUCGAGACACCGGGGAAGCAUUCCCCUUCCCUCCGAACCCGUUACAGUCGCCCUCCACAUCAAGGUUCUCUCGCGAAGAAUCAAAUACUGUGACCCCACCGCCAGCGUUGGUACGACGACGGACAGAUUUCAAGGAGCAGACUCCGGGCGGCACCACUGAGGAGCGCGACAAGGACAAGGGCGGAGCUGAAAAUGCCGGCCUCUAUGGAAGCUUGAAGCGCACCACAACUGCGCCAUUCGCCGCCAGCAGCGCUGCCGCCCCGUGGUCCUCAGCUCAGCCAGGAGGGUUCUCCCCUAUGGGCGCCUUCGGGAGCUUCGUAAACCCGCAAACCGAGAAAAAGCCGGGAUUUGGGAGCGUCCGCGGCGAGAGCAGGUUUAAGGGAUUGAUGAGUAAAGGAAGCUCUGAGGACAUGGAUAGGGGCCCGAAAGAGAAGGCAUCUCUGGGCAACCUGGGCAAACUCAGCGAGACAGAGGCAGAGACUUCGAGACCGAUGGGUUCCUGGGCAGAAGCGCGUUCUAACCGGCCAAUGAGCAACGAUACGGAUCCUUUCCCAGACGACGAUCUGAGGACGGGAAGCGCGGCCCUUCAUGGUGGUCAGGACAUCAGUCCGCCUCGUCAGCAAGGCCUUGGUUCUUUCGCGACCCCCCAUCGGCAAGACCUACGUGACGAUACCGCCUUUUCCGCUUUUGGCAUGACGGCGGACAACACGGGCCUACGCGAUAUUUUUCAUGUCAGGGACAAUUUUGCGCAUCAGACUCCGCAGCGCGGCGUGGAGGCCCACGAACCGAUGAGCCCAACUGAUACAAAUCCAUACCAAAGUCCGGAUCAUGAUAGAACCGAGCAUGAUGACGUAGACACCGACGGCUCUGACAUCCAGAACGCUCAUUUCCCUGGAAUGGGUAGCUUCCAGGUGGAUCCUUCGAUGGGCGCUGGUCUCCAUAACCAUCCCUUUGGGGGACUUGGUGGACUGGGGCGAGUCUCUGCACCUUUCGAGAAUGCGGCAAGCGAUCGCAGCCAGACGUCUAGCGUUGGACCUUCACGUGGAUUUCCUACACUCCCUGGGCUUGGUGGUCUGCCUGGCCUAGGUGGUUCCGCUGCUUGGCCUUCGGGACAACCAUCCAUAGGCACUCCAGUUAGGGAUCGGGGGCUGGGUGGAGGGCUGGACUCCAUGUUUGCCACUAUGGGCGAGGCGCAAUCUCCCAGCCUGGCAGGGCUUGGGAGUAGCUCGCUCUUUGGUUCUGGGCAUGGCGGCACCAUCGGUCGGACGAGCAGGCUGGGGUCUCUUUUCCCGACUGCUAUGCAGGAGCAGAUGCGAUCAGGCGAUCAGCAUCGGCCUUCAGUUGAUGAAACCUCCAGCCAUGGAGAUCGCCAACAGAGCAUGACCGGGACAUUCGGACGGGGCGCUUUUGGCAGUCAAGCUCCUGGGGGUGCCGUGCCGCCCCGUGACACGGACAGUCCUUUCCGCACAGGCCGUGUUCUUUUUGAGGAUUUCUCGGGCGGCCACGCUGAAGAGCCAGUAGGCUCCCUAUUUGGUCAAUCCUCAGCACCUGGUCAACCGUCAAAUUUGGCCACCUCCUCCCUGUCCAUGGCCGCUCUCAACCAGACAAGAACUGCUCAGCCGUCCGCUCAGACGCCCAGUGUUAGCAGCCCCGCUUCAAGUCAACCUCCGCCGCCACAGCAGCGCACCAUGGUGAUGCCUGAUCGAAUGCGGUGGAUUUACCGUGACCCCUCUGGCAAUACUCAGGGUCCGUUCUCUGGCCUGGAAAUGCAUGAUUGGUACAAGGCCGGCUUCUUCUCCCCCGAGCUUCUUGUCAAAAAGCAAGAGGAUACGGACUAUGAGCCUCUGCUUCAGCUCAUCCGGCGUAUAGGGAACUCGCGCGAGCCGUUCCUCGUCCCUCAAAUCGGAAUACCUCACGGCCCACCGACAACACAACCUGGAAAUGCAUGGGCGGGCGGUGCUGCUGCUGGACCUAGCAGCGGCGGCACACAACCUCCGUUCGCGAAUGCCUUCCCGAGCUUCGGCACCACAUUGACGGCAGAGCAGCAGAACGCUCUGGAGCGUAGAAAGCAGGAAGAGCAGUAUUUGAUGGCUCGCCAGAAGGAGCAUCUUGCUCAGCAGCAGGCAAUCGCAAAACAGACUCAGAUGGGCAUUGGUCCGCAUGGCAUGCUUCCUCAUCAGCUUCAGCACCACUCCAGCGCCCAUAGUCUUCACAGUCAACCCAGCUAUGGAAGCAUCACAUCGCCUAGUGGCUACCAACCUUCUCCGACUCAGGGUCCUCUUCCCGGAGGGCCUGCUGUCCCUGGUCUUCUCGACAAUGCGUUUAGGCCCGCGCCUGUCCCCGGACUGGGACCUAUUGGUCCAGGAAUGGAAAUACUUGGCAAUAUUCGCGAGGAAGAUGUCCCGGCGAUGCUGAACCGCCUCAACCUCGACCGCACCGGUCAGCAACCUUUCGGUACCGCGCCACCUUCUUUUGGGCAACAGAACCCCGAUUCUAAUGCGCAUGCCCAGCAAGUCGUCGCUAUGCUUAACGACCGUGCGCGUCUUGCGCGUGAGCAAGCUGAUUAUGACGCUCUUCAGCGGUUUGGCCAGAACGACCAGCAAGCUACGCAAGCGUCUGCCGAACGCCUACAGCAGUUUCAAGAUCUCAGGCUCCAGACCGAUCUGGAUCAGCCAUCAGCGACCGUGCCCCCCCCUGAAGGUGUGAUUGGGAAGCCUCCUACCGCUGCUACGGAACCUGCGAAACCUGAAUCGGACCCGCUCUCGUCUGAGGUGCCUGAGCCUCAACUCCAGGCGGCAGAAGAAGAAACACGACGUACUGGGGCAGAGCCUCUGUCGUUGACUGAGCAGGUCCAGAAGGCAGCGUCUGCGAAACAGACUCCUCAACCGCAAUCGGCUUGGAAUAAGAUCGAGCCUGCUAUUCACCCAUUCCCUCCUCCACCCUCUCAGUCGCCUCUUCCCGCGCCUGCGGCCCAGAGGAAGCCUAUUGUUGCCGAUUCCCUUGCGACUGAAUCACGAUCUCGAUCCGAGACGCCUUCCGCGGAUACUCCUAGUGCGUCAAUUGCUCCGUGGGCAAAGGAGCCCACCGAAGCUCCUAGGGGACCUUCACUCAAGGAAAUCCAGGAGGCCGAGGCUCGCAAAGCCGCCGAACGUGAAGCCAUUGCCGCAGCUGCUCGCCGCGAAGCCCUUGAGAAGGAGCUGUUGGCUCAAGCACAAGCGUCAGCACCCCAGCCCGGUCUUCCUAGUAGCUCGACCUGGGCUAGCGGUGCUUCCCCUAUCACUCCUGGAGGGACAACCGGCGCGUCCGCCUGGGCCAAGCCUCUUGCCGGCAAGACUCCCGCUCAAGUAGCCAGCACAAAGAAGACACUCCAGCAAAUCCAGAAGGAGGAAGAGGCUCGAAAGCAGCGAGCUGCAGCCCAAGCUACAACUAAUGCCUUUGGGGCCGCUACUCAAGCGCUUCCUUCUGGUAAGAGGUAUGCUGAUCUUGCUGGAAAGCAUGCUUCACCCCAACCCGCCCCUGGUAGCGGUGCCUGGACUACUGUGGGUGCGGGCGGUAAGACCAAGACGCCCGCUGCUGCCACUCCUCCUGCUAUUCGCUCGACCAGCACCGGUGUGGUCCCUGCUAUUGUCAAGAAGCCUACGGUGACUCGUAGUACCACUAUAGGCAGCCAAGUCGCAGGAAAGGCCAAUGCGGAAGAGGAGUUCCGAAAGUGGGCUGUUGGCGAGCUGCGCGGCGACUUGAAUAAGAAUAUUAACGCUGAGGAGUUCGUUUCUUCUCUACUCACCUUCCCAUCCGAGCUCGAGCUCAUCACCGAAUCCGUUCACUCUGCUACGCAUAAUAUCGACAGCCGCCACUUUGCCGAAGAAUUCCUGAGGCGCCGCAAGCUGGCCGAUAAAGGCAUUGUCGACGAGCGCAACACUUCGAGCCCUGCAGCCGAGAACAAGUCUGGAGGUGGUUGGAGCGAGGUCGCUAAGAAGGGCGGUCAGAAUACACAACAACAGCAGCAGCAGCAAAGCGCACUUGACAACGGUAACUUCAAAGUUGUUGCAGCCAAGAAGAAGGGCGCGAAGCGCUAGUAGCGUCUGUCCGUAGACGGCUGGAUUCCGGGCAAGGGCAGCGAGUCUGGCAUAGGUCGCCAUGCCAAUUUGGAUGAUGAUGUUGAUAUGGGACGACACGGCGGAUUCAUCCGCAUCGGGCGAUGGUGUUGACUGUAUAAUGGGCUGGAAGCCUUAAGUUGUGAUUCGUGGUGAGUUGCUUUGACUUUAGACACGUGUACCGGCUUGGUGUUGGUACAUGAGCAUCGAUUGCGAGUAGCAUGGAUGAAUGAUAGUAGCUCAAGUAGCUCAUUCGUAAUGUAUUAUGAAUGCGGAAUGAAGUCCAUGUUGCAGAGUGGUCGAAGGCUUU